AUGCCGGAUGAUCCUAUGUUCUUCCAUUUUCAUAACCUACAGGAUGACUUCAUCAAGUACUAUCAAACAACGAACAAAAAUAGGAUCGAUCAAGUCAAACUAAGUAGAUUAAGUAUUCUGUACGGAGCUUCCGCUCUUUAUAGAAGGAUUCAGUCAAUAUUCCAGAAUCAGAGUCCAAAAGGAAUUGUCAUAUGCGCCCACUUGAAACACUCAAAACUACAUGAUUUCUACGUUAUCGCAGCCUCGUUGAUAUACGGAUACACAAUAUUCCACUCGAACUGGCACACGGAAACGGAUGAGACCCUGGCAUAUAAGCUGAGGGUGACAAAGUGCCGUCUGGUUAUCAUAGACGACGAGCUUGACUCGGGAUGGAUGAUCCCGGACGUUAAGUACAUAAAGAUAUCGGACGUGUACACACAGUCGAUAUACAACAAAAGUAUAUCGCUGUGCAGCUACCUGUCCCUGGUGGAUUCACUGGGGAAGGAAAGAUCGGAUUCGAGAAUACAGGUGAUGCUGGCAAGUCAGACGAAGAGAGUGAGUGAGAUCGACAUGGACGACGUAGCAAUGAUAUCGUUCACAGAAGGGAAGCAGAAUAAGAAGCCGAAAGCGAGAAUGAUCACGUUCAGAGAGCUGUAUCAGCAGUUUAAGGAGAUAGAGGCACUUAAUUUGUGGAAUAAGGACUACAUACUUAUCGUGUUCCUGACGAAUCCGACCUACGACUGGUUGAACUGUACAAUACUGUAUUACUGUUUAUAUAGAUCGAACGUCUAUAUAUACUUCAUGCAAAGGUACACGUCGACCUACUGGAAGAUACUCUGGGAGGCAAACGAGCACGCGAAAAACGUGUACCUGCAGCUAGGGAAGCAGUAUAAGAUACUCAAUUUUCUAUAUCCGAGGCAGAUUGAAGCGCUAUUCACACUGGAGGAAAUAUCAAACGAAUGGACACUGAUAACAGAUGAGUCGCCCAGUUUAAAAAACAAUGAUGUGCUGUUUAAUAUUAAUUUAGCAGAUUCCGAUGAAGAGAAGGAGGUAUUUGAGCAACACAACGUAGUGAACACGAAGAAACUCGCAAGAACAACGAGUAGGAUAUCAAACUACUUCUUUGGGAAAAAGGGAAUAUUGAAUAACUUUCGGACACUAAGAUCGCAUGACAGCUCGAAAAUAAGUAAAGUAUUGCAUGAGUUACCAACAUCAGCAGCACCGAAAAUGACCUCAGCGUCACAGAACAUACACCUGUACAUACAGAAGCUGCAUCUUAAAUUCACGGAGCUGAUAAGCGUGUUGGCAGACUACAGAGUGCACAUCUUCCUGUCAGGAACACAAACAGACUAUAAUCUGGUCUUGAACCGUUUUUCUGAUGUAUUCUUAGUGAAAAUGUUUUCGAGGUUGUUUAAAGGAAAGGUGCCGAUAGUUAUAUACGGAACGGGAGAAGUGACGCCCAUAAUGUCAAUUUCAUCAUCGGCUUUGGACAACGAGACGUUUAUGGAAUACUGCAAAAUGGGUGCAAACAACAUACACAACGAUAAGCCGUCAUUCGGUUACUAUAUCGGAACGCCAAAGUACAAUUCGUUCAAAUUGAGGAUAGUUAGGUCAAUUUCGCCAGAUAACGAACAGUUCAUGGUGAAAUGUGACGAGGGAGAGCCAGGGUUCAUAGUCUGCGACUUCGUGAACAGGAACGCAAUGAUCGUGGACGAAAACAUCAAGGACCUGUUCGUCAACGACACAUACAUAGGACUGGACGACAUUGGGUUCUACCGCAAGUCGCCAUUGGACGGCCAGGAGCACUUUUUCUGGAUAUACACACUUAACGCUUCGCUGACGAAGGACCUGACGUUCCCAUACACGCUCCUGAUAGGAACGAGCAAGCUGUUGCAGAAGUCGAUAUGCCUGCGGUACGGCCUGAACACAGCAGUGGUGAGAGUGGAGACAGUGAAGGUGGCGCUGCCGGAAAACAAGUUCAAGUACGUGGCGGUGGUGGAGCUCAUCAGCUCGCUGAAGUCGGAGAUCUCGCAGGACAUCAAGUUCGAGUUCCUGAAAACCUGCAAGGCAGUUGGGCUGUUCACCAACUACAUUGAGCCUUCGGAAAUAAGGAUCCUCUCAAUUCCAUGGACCUACAAGGGGAGCGUCAACUACACAGAGUUAAACGUGCGCAAACCUAGAAUUCAUUUUUAUUAA